GUUUCUUUGACCAGGAUAGUCACAAACAAUUUCGAAGAAGCCAAGUGGCUCUGAGAAUUUUGCUUGAGGUUGAGUUUCACGUUAAGUCGGAUGCGCCAAGGUCUGAAACCCACAGAUUCAGAUUCGAUACUGCGUUCAAGCUGGCACGUCUCCCGGAUUCGAUAAGGACUGCCGGUUCCGCAUCGGCAUGGCAGAUGAAGAAUUUGACCCAGGUGAGGUCAUUUACUUGUCCAGUGGAGACGAAGCAGCUGCAGCUGCCAAGAAAAGGCCUCUCGAGGAUGAUCCAACACCUGAGCCCAAGCGCUUGAGGAGUCAUGCGCGUGCGGCCAAAGUCCCCAGAAUCGAGGAGCAAUCUGUAAAAGGAUCGAAGCCCACAGAGGAGUCGACAGCCGUUGGCAAGUCCUCAGCGCAGUCAAUCACAUCAGGUGACUCCGCACCCGAAGAUUCUGGCGAAAUCCCUGACUACAAGCAAGGUAGGGCCAGCUUCAAAAUACCCAACCUCGUGGAUAAGAAAGGCGGCUCCUGGCUUAAACGGUUUAAGGACUGGGUCAAGGCAUUCCACGCCCUCAAUCCGGGAAAGUGUGAUGCCAUUACCUCAUCAUUAACUUACUCUGCUUAUGGCUACUAUAUUGAUCACCACGCCGGCUUGAAGCCCAAGAAGAGGAAGACUGCAAAGCAAGUUGCAAAGGAGCUUGAAAGCACUGGCGAACUUCAAGCUCUUAUUGGAAAUCUCCAUUCUUUGAGCAGUUGUGGACCUAAUCAGCCAACUCUUGACAGCUGGGUGACAAGGCAACCCCGACAGGAACCUGUUAACAAAGGUAAAAACUCACGCGCUUCUAGCGUAAGCGAGGGGGAAAUUGACGAAAAGGACGAGGAUGGCUCCGAAAGCGAAGCUGAGUACGAACCAACCUUAAACAAGACUGAGAGGAUUGAAGAAGAUGCCAGAGAAGAGUACGCAUCAGGCAUGAAUAUACCUGCAAAUGGCAACUCAACACCCAAAGUUUCAGAUUUCCAGAGCUUACCACCAAUUAACACUCACCGGAAUGUUCCCACCGGUGAUAAUGCAUUAGAACAACAGCGCAGAUACUUCCCGUCGGCCAUGGAUCCUGCCCAGAUGUGUCUUCUUUGUGGGCUGAAUACACAUCUGGCACCUAGCUGCCCAUCCCUUAUCUGCUCUUCAUGUGGAAGUUUGGAACACUCAAAAAUCUGUUGCCCUGAAAAGGAACGAUGCAACAAAUGCCGCCAACUUGGCCACCAAGCAGGCCAAUGCACUGAGAAACUGGCUUUGACCAAGGAAGAAGGUCUUGCCUGUGUCUUUUGCAGCUCAAUGGAUCACCUUGAGGAACAGUGUACACAGGUGUGGCGAUCGUUUUACCCGGAUGUAUCUUCAGUCAGAAAAGUUGCGUUUAUUCCUGCAUCGUGCGCUGUGUGCGGUAGUGAUAGGCACUUUUCUUCGGACUGCAAUGCGCACCGCAAUGCCGUCUCUAAUCCUACAUGGUCUGUGAAGAACCGCGAUCAAUAUAUUGACCCGGAUUGUGGCUCAGUGCCGAUCGAAGGGGAGGCGGGAGGGCAGCAAAAUGCAAGGACCACGAGAGCCCCCGACCUUAAGAUUCGCGGUCACGCUGCGCGAACGACCAACAUUCACUACUCAGAGAGCGACGACUCGGAAGUGGAGUUUCUAGGCCACAAACGCGUUCAGAAGCCAGCGAUCGGCCAAAUUCGAAUGGCCAGUAACAUCCAGAUGCCAAACAUGCAAAACGGAGGGUCGAGACGAAACAACAGACAGAAUGGCGUGCCAGUCCAGCCUCCUCUCCCUCCUGGGCCGCCUCCUGGACUACCGCCCAUGCGAGGUUCCUUUGGGCACCCGCCUCCACCGGGUGCUCCGUCCGGACAAUUUCCAUCGCUACCCAGGAAGCCUCCUAUCCAAGACUAUAGGAACGUCCCCCCGCCAUCUCGCCACGGCUCUCAGGGACCCGGAAGGUCGCAUGCUAGCAACGGGCCACAAGGGUCCAAGCCUAGAGGAGGUGGACGUGGAGGUCGUGGCGGUCGUGGACGGGGCAGGGGCAGAGGGAGGGGCAGAUGAAUGCUUGUGGUUUGAACGAAGCACCAACACAUAUGCAUUGGUUGGAAUCGAACUAGAGAUGAUGGAGAGUUGUGAUGCCUUCGGAGCAGGGCAUCCUACGAGUUGGUUGGCGCACAAAAGCCUAGCUGGUCGCCCACAGCGGGACUUGUCCAGACUUGGCGAACGGGCUUUUCGACUAUGAUACCCACCAGCAUGUGCUUCAUUAAUAGCACCUGGUACUCAUAUUGGCCGUUUCUCUUUUAAACAAAAAUGGGAAACGACGAGACUGAAACAACUGUGAACCACGAACACCAAUAGUUUUCAAGCUAUGAAUAAACAUAUGGAACGAAUGAGGGCUUGGACAUGCCAAUAAGCUCA